CAAUAUUAAUGGAUCCUGCAUCUGAUUGUUCUUUUACAACCUACAUCCCCAGCUCGAGCAGACAGGGUUGUAUUGUUACCUAGCGAGCACUGUGUAUUUCUUCACGUUUCCGUUCGUCCAAAUUCCUUUGCGCGAAGACGUCCAUGUGUUUGGUUCCUGGUACGAUCGGUUUGGUUGCUGAAAGUUGAUCCAUCGAUUUGCCUCAUUUCCAAAGGGAAAUCCAAUUAUCUAAUAUAUUCCAUGGUUCCAGAAUGCCACCCAAAAAGAGCAAGGUCAAAAGUCACGAUGGUUCAACCGGCUCAGCGGCCCAAAAGCAACCGAAAUAUCCUGUCGAUUGGCCGCAAUUAAACUCCAAGCGCGGAUAUCAUGACCAAAAUUUAAGUUUACAUCAACUUGUCCCUGGCCAGAUCAUUACAAUUCCACGGUUUUGGGAUCCUGCCCUCUGCAAAGCGUACUUGCAGUUCCUCCCAACCCUCCCCCUCAUCACCACCCCGGGAAAGCCGCGCAAAGGUGACGCGGUUCGAGUGAAUGAUCGCUUUCAGAUCGACGACGCUCAAUUUGCGGAAAAAUUAUGGUUGGAGACUCCAUUGAGGGGUCUCAUCACGGGUACAGGCGAGUCAUCUGGGAAUGAGAUGAGUCCGGAACAGCGACGCGAGCUCUUCGGAGGGGAAGUCGUUGGCUUGAACCCGAAUAUUCGAAUAUACAGAUACACGAAGGGCCAAUUCUUCGACUGUCAUUACGAUGAUUCCAACCUGGUCACGAUUCCUGGAGACCCUUCGAUUCCAGCUCGAACUACAUGGACCCUUCUUCUAUACCUGACUUCUUGCUCGGGAGGGGAGACUGUAUUUUACCCAUCCAGCGAGUCGACGUCGAAGAAGAACAAGUCUUCCAAAGGAGAAGCUCCUCUGCAGCCGGUCUCCAUCGCCCCCGAUGCUGGCCUGGCACUUUUGCAUCGACAUGGUGCAGACUGCAUGCUGCAUGAAGGUCGAGAAGUGUCAGGUGGAGAAAAGUGGGUCAUUCGGAGCGAUUUGUGUGUGAGGAGAUGAUUUCCAAAUGGCUGUCAUAGUCAAUGGGCCUAUCUAGGUGUCGAACGAAUUAAAUUGAGUGGCUUUACGAACUCAGUUCCGCAUGACUUCGGUCACUGCCGAAGUCACCAUGUCGGGCACUGCACAAUUCGCAUAUGCCUUCUCGAUCUCUGCACCGUACAGAUCCAGCGAUCUCUUACGAACCACGGUUCCCUUACUCGCUCGCAUGAAAGGACUUGAGGCCGAUGUGAACAAGAUCAAGCUGCGUUGGACGACCGCGUGCUUGGGUGCCGCCGUAUUAGCGGCCUCCACGGAAGCCAAGAUACUAUCAAGAACCUCCUUUGCCUGGGCCCAGUUCUCCAAGGGGGUGUCCUUCAUCUCGAUCAGAAGCCCAGCAGCCAUACGUCCGGUGCCGA